AGACUUCUACAGCUUAUUUCACCUGAGUGAAAUGACAAAAAUAGUGGAGAUUUCUGGAGAAGGUGGGCCCCUGGGGAUCCAUGUGGUGCCCUUUAUUUCAUCUUUGAGUGGAAGGAUGCUGGGACUCCUGAUCCGUGGGAUUGAGGAGAACAGCAGAUCUAGACGUGAUGGGCUUUUCCAUGAAAACGAAGGCAUUGUGAAAAUUAACCGCGUGGACCUUACAGACAAAACCUUUGCACAGGCUCAGGACAUCUUCCGUCAGGCAAUGAAGUUUCAAAAUGUUGUCUUGGAAGUUCUUCCUCCUUAUAAUCGGGACCAAUAUGAAAAGUCAGUCAUUGCUCCCCUUUUUCUGGAUAACGAAGAAGGAGUUCCCAAAACAAAGAUUCCACCUCCCGUUCAUCCAAAACCCACCCUAAAAACGAUUAAACUUUCUGGAACGAUGGGCUUGGAGGCAGGUGUUCAGGCAGCACUGCAGCAGGCUAAGAGCCCCAACCUCCCACGGCUGUGCAGAAAGCCAUCCUCACCCUCGCUGUCCCCCCUGCUGGGCUUUGGCAAUAAAAGAAAUGCAAAGAAAAUAAAGAUAGACCUGAAAAAAGGUCCAGAAGGACUUGGUUUCACUGUGGUUACCAGAGAUUCUUCAGUUCAUGGGCCUGGUCCUAUUUUUGUGAAGAAUAUUUUACCAAAAGGUGCAGCAGUAAAAGACGGUCGUCUACAGUCAGGAGACAGAAUCCUGGAGGUGAACGGCCUGGACAUCACUGGCAGGACCCAGGAGGAGCUGGUAGCUAUGCUGAGGAGCACAAAGCAAGGCGAAACGGUGUCCCUGCUCGUGGCUCGCCAGGAGGACGCCUUUCUACCUCGAGAGCUGAAAGGAGAGCCAAACUGCAGUAUUCUUUCUCCAGAAACCACAGAGCAGCUGACAUUUGAGAUUCCUCUGAACGAUUCUGGCUCUGCUGGGCUCGGUGUGAGUUUAAAAGGCAACAAAUCUCGGGAGACUGGAGCUGAUCUUGGGAUUUUCAUCAAGUCCAUUAUUCAUGGAGGUGCUGCUUUUAAGGAUGGUCGUUUGCGAGUAAAUGACCAGCUUGUUGCAGUUAAUGGGGAGUCGCUCCUGGGCAAGUCGAAUCACGAAGCCAUGGAGACUCUGAGGCGCUCCAUGUCCAUGGAGGGGAACAUUCGUGGGAGGAUCCAGCUCGUAGUUCUCCGUAGACUGGAGUCCCAAACAGAGGAUCGGCCAGACCCGGGAGCUUUCCAAAAAUCAGCGUUUGAGGGGAGCCGUCCCAUCGCAGCUGCUCCCCGGCGCAACGAUGCUGCUCGUCAGCAGUUUGUGACCCGCAGCCCUCAGGACAGGCGGAAAGAGCUGCCCAUGUCUGAUCGAGGCAAUGGUGAGAAUGAAAUCCCUCCACCUCUUCCCCCACAUCCCAGUGAGGAUCUGCUCAGUGAGGAUUAUAAUAAUCACAGCCCUAUCAUAAAUUCAGCAGUGUAUUUAGCAGAUCAGCACAUCAACUUCAGAUCUCUGACACCAGCCAAGCAGUCUGAAUCAAUUAAUCUGAAAGCCUCGAAAAGCAUGGAUCUGGUGGCAGAUGAAAGCAAAGUUAGUUCAUUGGCUGGACACACAUCAGACUCUUCCAGCAAAGAUUUUGGCCCCACUCUGGGCCUGAAGAAGUCCAGCUCUCUGGAGAGUCUGCAGACGGCCGUGGCUGAAGUCCGGAAGAACGAACUCCCUUUUCACAGACCCAGGCCCCACGUGGUCCGUGGUCGGGGAUGUAACGAGAGCUUCCGAGCUGCCAUCGACAAGUCUUACGACGGACCCGAGGAUGCUGAAGAGGAUGGUUUCUCUGAUAAGAGCUCUCACUCUGGUCAAGAAGCACAGAACAUGGAGCCUGCCCCUCCGAGCAAUCCUGAAACAGAAGAGGUAGAAGCCAAAGUAAAAAAAGACAAAAAAAACAGAGAGAAAGAGAAGAAGAAAGAAAAGAGCAAGGCUAAAAGCAAAGAGAAGAAAAGGAAAGAAGAAAGUGAAGACCUAGAAAAGAAAAAGAAGAAAGGCUUUGGUGUCAUGUUGAGAUUUGGAAAGAAGAAAGAAGAUAAAAGUGGGAAAGUGGAGCAGAAGGGGAGUCCGAAGCACAGCGUCCUUAAAGAAGAAGAGCUGCAGAAAAUGAAAGACGAGCGUGAAAGGAUCGGCGCGAAGCAUCAGGAGCUGCGGCAGAGGCAAGUGAGGGGCCUCCUGGAUUACUCUGCAGGGCCUGGAGGUCCUGACAUGGACGAUGAUGAUGUGGAUCCAAACUAUGCCCGAGUAAAUCACUUCCGAGAGGCUUAUCCAGCAGCAAGUAUCUACAGGCCGGCAUCACCAGCAGUCGCAGAAACCUUUUUGUAUCCGCGCGAUUCUCCUUCAACGCCGAUGGAGAGGGAGCACUUGGAAGGGUUAUAUGCAAAAAUAAGCAAGCAGCACUACCCGCAGACUCCUGCUGACAGCGUCUGUCCAGGUGGCGUGAACGCUGACCGCAUCCAGAGGCUGCGGAAGGAGUACCAGCAGGCCCGGCGGGAGGGCCUGCCUUUCUACGAGGAUGACGAGGGGCGAGCGCAGCCGCCGGACUACGAGCAGCGCUGGGUGCCUGGAAAAGGUCCGGACGGGAGCUCCUACAACCUCCACGUGGAAGGACUGGAAAGGCAGUACGCGUCCCUGCCCAGGCGUGGACCUGCAGAGCCGCUGGAAUAUUUAACGGGCCCGCGGGUGAUAUACAAAGAGAGAGACCUUCCAUACUACCAAGGAGGACAGCCCGUGGGCCACCCGCCGAAGGGGAGCUACGUCCGCGCGGCCGACGCCAGAGGGCCCGAACUGAGGUACCCCCAGUACUACCCAGCGCCGCCCGUCCCCAACCCGCACAAGGGGCCCCUCCGGCAGGACGUGCCGCCUUCCCCUCCCCAGCACCACCGAGCUUACAACGAAACGGGCCGGGCGGGCCACCGCGGCACCAGCCCGGACCAGUACCAGUACCGGCAGCAGGAUCCCAGGCAGAAGAACCCCAUGACUGCGGCUGUAUAGCCACAGACCGGACUCCGAGCGCGGCCUGGCCGGGAUCCCGCUGGACG